AUGUCAGUGUCGGAGAAGUAUUUUUCAGAGCCUAGUGCUCCGUCAUUGAAGACAAAAGAGUUUCCAGGACCAAAAUCCAAGGAAGCAAUCAAAUCCUUAGAUAAAGUAUACGAUGGGAGAGCAGCAUACUUUGUUGCUAACUAUGGGAAAUCUGUUGGUAACUACAUUACAGAUGUUGAUGGAAAUCAAUAUUUGGAUGUCUACGCACAGAUUGCUUCCAUUCCAUUAGGCUAUAAUAAUCCUGCUUUGAUUGAAGCUGCGAAAUCAGAUGAAAUGAUAAAGGCUAUUGUUGAUAGACCAGCAACCUUGAACUUUCCUGGUGAGGAUACCGAGAACAUUGUAAAGGAAAUAUUGAAGGUUGCUCCAAAGGGUCAGGAUAAGGUUUUCCCAGGGUUAUCUGGCUCUGAUGCCAAUGAGUUGGCAUUCAAAGCUGCUUUUAUGUAUUACAUGUCGAAGAAAAGAGGAUACAAUGUUGACUUUACACCCGAAGAGAGUGCCUCAGUAAUGGAAAACUCUAGUCCUGGUUCGCCGGACUUAGCAGUUUUGUCAUUUAAAAGAGCUUUCCACGGUCGGUUGUUAGCAACUGCUUCCGUCACCGCUGCUAAGCCAAUCCAUAAAUUGGACUUGCCUUCUUUUAAGUGGCCAAAGGCUGAGUUUCCAGAAUACAAGUAUCCUUUGGACAAACAUGAAAAGGAAAAUGAGGAAGAGGAUAAAAGAUGCUUAGAAAUAGUAGAAAACAUUUUUAAGACAUGGAAUUCCCCAAUUGCAGCUUUAUUAGUUGAACCCAUUCAAUCUGAGGGAGGUGAUAAUCAUGGCUCUGCCGAGUUUUUUCAAGGUUUAAGAGACCUCACUAUCAAGUACGGUGCUCUCUUGAUCAUUGAUGAAGUUCAAACUGGUGUCGGUGCCACAGGUAAAUUCUGGGCACAUGAACAUUUCAACUUGUCUCCUCCACCUGACUUGGUCACAUUCUCCAAAAAGUUUCAGUCUUCGGGCUACUUUUUCCAUGACCCAGAAAUUAUUCCCAACAAAGCAUAUCGUCAAUUUAACACUUGGGGUGGUGAUCCUGCAAGAAUGCUCUUGUCUGGAGCAAUUGCAAGAGAAGUUGUUAAAUACGACUUGCCUGCUAAAACUUUGAAAGUUGGUGAAUACUUGUUUAAUAAGUUAGAGAACUUACAGUCUAAAUUUCCUGCUUACUUCCAAAAUUUGAGAGGAAAAGGAAGAGGUACAUUUAUUGCUUGGACUUUUAGUUCUGCCGAUGCUAGAAAUAAAUUUUUGGCUGAUAUUAAGGCUGCUGGUGUGAACAUGGGUGGGUGUGGAGAUGCGUCAGUUAGACUUAGACCAACUUUGAUCUUUGAAGAGAAACAUGCUGACAUAUUAGUUGACGCAAUUCAGAAGGUUUUAUCUGGAUAUAAAUAG